CUUCCAACCUUAGAAAUAAACUUUUUCAGAACAAUGAACGAAUGCCAUCGCAAGCAGGAUAGUCCGGUUGACAACCAGUAUUCUGCACUGACUACUUGCCUCGAGACUUCACGACGAUGGACAAGUGUCUAGGGAGGGGCUAAACUUCCAGACCUCAUCACAGGCUACAGAACCAGAUAGUUUGAUCAGUCAAUUCCAUGCUUAUAAUCCAAUUGAAGAAAAAUUAGACAUACCAGAAUAUCAGAAAAUUUAUCAAGAGCUAGAGAAUUCAUAUCAUUCUUCAGAUUAUAGCAAUAUUCAAAAUAGCACUGCCAAUGUUGAAACCUGUUCGUAUCAAUAUCAAGAUAAAAGUACUGAAGAUUCCAUCCUAACCCUUACCACUGAAACCCUCCUCCAAAUCAUCGAGGAAACCCCAUCGAUGAGCACUGAAUAUCUAGAUUCUGGUUUUAAAGCAUCUAAAUCUAAGGAAUCUGGCCUUAACUCCCAACCAUUGAAGGAUUUAGUGUGUAGACCAAAAAGAACAAGAGGAGGCUCUCGCAGAUCUAUUCCUUACCUACCACCAGGCAACGACACUUCAUCGACUAGAGAGUUUAGUACCAGCUAUGAUCAAGGGGCAAAAAACUUGCCCGAUGAUGUUUCAUACGAAGAGAAUGGCUGGAGUGAUUUAUCAACUGAAAAUCAAUCAAAUGGAAAUGGAAAUGCGAAAGCCUGUAAAAAGUGGAGAGCGAAGAAGAAACAGGAACUGGAUGAUACAUACAAACAUCUGUGCAG